AUGGUAGGGUGGAGAACGGUCAAACGAUUGGUAGGAGAGAAGGAUGUUUGGAUAGCAACCUAUCCUAGGUCUGGGACUACUUGGACACAGGAGAUUAUUUGGAAUAUCAGGAAUGGUGUGGAUGUAGAGGAAUCUAAACGUGUUGAUAUUGAUGUCAAGUUUGAUUUUCUUGACAAUGAUUUCUUUGAAGAUUCCCCAAUCGGAGUAAUUGAUGGUUCUAUUCUGAAGUUGCAACAAGGAGAGGAAAGAAACAUCAAGUGCCAUCUACCAAUCUCAAUGCUUCCAAAGGAUCUACUCUUGAAGGGAAAGGUUGUGUAUGUGGGUCGGAACCCCAGUACUCUAUAUACUCUACACUGUUGAUUAAUGUCCAGGUUGUGUAUGUGGGUCGGAACCCCAGUACUCUAUAUACUCUACACUGUUGACUAAUGUCCAGGUUGUGUAUGUGGGUCGGAACCCCAGUACUCUAUAUACUCUACACUGUUGAUUAAUGUCCAGGUUGUGUAUG